GCUGUUUUCCUUGGGGGUAGCCGGUAUUCUGCCCACAAACACGGCCGGCUUCUCAGUGCGUGCGUGCGUACCCCUAUUGUGAGGGGUGUGUGACCCCCGGGGUGACUGACUGAGAGAGGGAGGAGAAAACAUGGCGGAGGAGCUGGCGGCGCCGCUCUGACUGACACACACUGGGCCAGGCGCGGACACAGAGGGCGGGGACACCGGCAGUCAGCGGAGAGCGAGCGGGAGGGACGCGGCGGGACACGGCGGGACACGGAAACGUGUGGAACCCCGAGGCCCGGACUCCUCCUCUCUAUUGGUGCCGGCCGUGAGGAGGCCCUGGGGCUAUUGUUCGCCGUGUCGCCCGCGGGGCAUGAGGGCUGCUCGGCGCGUAUAGACUGUCUGAGACCUUGGAUGUGAGAUUUCGCUCGGUAACAAUUUAACAACAUGAGCGACGGGGCAGAUCUGUGAGCUCCGCUUAGAGCGGCGACUGGCUUUGGAAAGAGCGGGGUCUGGGCCCAGUGUGGAAGGUUCAUAGGUCAGAUCGCGGGUUAUCCCGGGGAGACUCGGCCUGGAGGCGGGAGAGCGAGAGGACCUGGCCGCACGGGGAGGAGUAGGCCCUGUGAAUACGGAGCUCGCUGGGACGCACGGAGCAGCGACGGGGCUGAGAAGGGGCCGGGGGCUGGGUCCUACGGACCGGGGUAACCGUGUUAGGAAAGCCCGACGAUCGGGCUUUUUUCGCCUGGGUAAGAGAGUAAGGAAAAUCCAAAGACCGGGACUUUCUCAGAGGGUUACAGGUGUCAGGAGAGGCCGUAGUGUGGGCCCUUCUUGGUUUCCGGGUGUCAGGAAAGGGCGAGGCUUAGCUCGUGUUCAUCGAAGAAGCGGCGAUAGGAAAGCCCGAGGAUCGGGCCCUAUUCAGCGGGGCACGGGUGUCAGGAAAGCCCGGGGAUCCGGCCUCCGCGAGGAUAGAGGCGACAGGAUGACGGACACUCGGCGGAGGGUGAAGGUCUAUACCCUGAAUGAAGACCGUCAGUGGGAUGACCGGGGCACGGGGCAUGUGUCCUCGGGUUAUGUGGAGAGGCUCAAGGGCAUGUCCCUCCUAGUGAGGGCCGAGAGUGACGGCUCACUUCUUUUGGAAUCAAAAAUUAAUACUAACACAGCUUACCAGAAACAGCAGGACACUUUAAUUGUGUGGUCAGAAGCAGAAAAUUAUGAUCUGGCUCUUAGUUUUCAGGAAAAAGCUGGAUGUGAUGAAAUUUGGGAGAAAAUAUGUCAGGUUCAAGGGAAAGACCCUUCUGUGGAUAUCACUCAGGACCUAGUGGACGAAUCUGAGGAAGAACGUUUUGAUGACAUGUCCUCUCCUGGCUUGGAAUUACCAUCAUGUGAAUUAAGUCGACUAGAAGAAAUUGCCGAAGUUGUGGCUUCUUCUUUACCAUCUCCACUUCGUCGAGAAAAACUUGCCGUAGCCCUUGAAAAUGAUGGUUACAUUAAAAAACUCUUGGAGUUUUUCCAUGUGUGUGAAGAUCUGGAAAAUAUGGAAGGACUACAUCACUUGUAUGAAAUCAUCAAGGGUAUCUUUCUGUUAAAUCGAACUGCACUCUUCGAGGUCAUGUUUUCGGAGGACUGUAUAAUGGACGUAAUUGGGUGCCUGGAGUAUGACCCUUCUUUACCAACACAACGGAAGCAUCGUGAAUUUCUGACAAAAACAGCUAAGUUUAAAGAAGUGAUUCCUAUAUCAGACCCAGAACUAAAACAAAAAAUUCAUCAGACCUACAGAGUUCAGUAUAUUCAAGAUGUGGUUUUGCCUACCCCCUCUGUGUUUGAAGAAAACAUGUUGUCAACUCUUCACUCCUUCAUAUUUUUUAACAAAGUGGAGAUUGUUGGUAUGUUACAGGAAGACGAGAAAUUUCUAACAGAGUUAUUUGCACACCUCACAGAUGAGGCCACAGAUGAUGAGAAGAGGCAAGAGCUGGUUAAUUUCCUGAAGGAAUUCUGUGCAUUCUCUCAGACGCUACAACCCCAAAAUAGAGAUGCUUUCUUUAAGACUUUGUCAAACAUGGGCAUCCUUCCAGCAUUGGAAGUAAUUCUGGGCAUGGAUGAUCCACAGGUUCGAAGUGCUGCCACUGACAUCUUCUCCUACUUGGUAGAGUAUAAUCCAUCUAUGGUGCGAGAGUUUGUAAUGCAAGAGGCACAGCAGAACGAUGAUGACAUAUUGCUGAUUAAUCUUAUCAUUGAACACAUGAUCUGUGAUACGGACCCAGAGCUAGGUGGUGCCGUGCAACUCACAGGACUUCUCCGCACUUUGGUUGAUCCUGAAAACAUGCUAGCAACCACCAAUAAAACAGAGAAGACCGAAUUUUUGGGUUUCUUCUACAAGCAUUGCAUGCAUGUUCUCACUGCUCCAUUACUGGCUAACACCACGGAGGAAAAGCCCAGCAAAGAUGAUUUCCAGACUGCUCAGCUGUUGGCUCUUAUUUUAGAACUGCUCACAUUUUGCGUUGAGCACCACACCUACCACAUAAAAAAUUACAUCAUAAACAAGGACAUUCUGCGCCGGGUGCUUGUUCUCAUGUCAUCUGUGCAUUCCUUCCUUGGUCUAUGUGCAUUGAGAUUUAUGAGGAAGAUAGUAGGUCUGAAAGAUGAAUUCUAUAACCGAUACAUAGUGAAGAGUUUUUUGUUUGAACCUGUCGUGAAAGCGUUUCUUAAUAAUGGUUCUCGGUACAACCUUAUGAACUCUGCCAUUUUAGAGAUCUUUGAAUAUAUUAGAGUGGAAGAUAUUAAAUCACUGACCGCUCAUGUAAUUGAGAACUACUGGAAAGCAUUAGAGGAUGUUGAAUAUGUGCAGACUUUCAAAGGCCUUAAAUUACGCUACGACCAGCAGAGAGAGAGGCAAGACAACCCCAAACUUGAUAGUAUGAGAUCCAUCCUCAGAAACCACAGAUUUCGUAGAGAUGCCCGAUCUAUAGAAGAUGAGGAGGAAAUGUGGUUUAACAAUGACGAGGAUGAUCUUGAAGAUGGGGAACCAGUGGUGCUUCCUUCUGAAAAAAUCAAGAACAGUGAAGAUCUGAUGGACCCCAUUAGCAAAUUUAUGGAAAGAAAGAAAUUCAAAGAAAGUGAAGAGAAAGAGGUGCUUCUUAAGGCCAACUUGACUGGACGCCAGAGUCCAAGUUUUAAGCUCUCCUUUUCUGGAGCAACAAAGACCAACCUCACCAGCCAAUCGUCAGCGAGUGGCCUUCCUGGAUCUCCUGGUUCACCAGGAUCACCGGGCUCUCCAGGAUCUCCAGGCUCAGUUUCUAAAAGCACACCUCAAGCAGCAGCUAUAACUACCAAGGGAGGUCUUGUAGGACUUGUGGAUUAUCCAGAUGAUGAUGAGGAAGAUGAUGACGAUGAUGAAGAGGAGAAAGAAGAGAGAUUGCCACUCACAAAGAAAGCAAGACUUGGGUCUUAAUACCAGCAUUGGUUAUGACAGCUCCCUCCAAAUGAAAACUGCUUUCCCACAGGAGUAGCAAAUCCGUAACAGGCACACAGUCCUGCGAGCACGUCUGACACAAACCAACACCAACAUAUAGAUUUCUGCUCAUCAAGUGCCAAUUCAUAGGAGCACGAGGAGAGGGAAGUAUAUUGUUGCAAGAAGAGACUUACGCCUAGUACUCUCCCACUGAGGCCACAUUUUGCCCUUUUCUCAGGGAAGGAAAAGUUUAAAAAAACAAAACAAAAAAAACCAACAGGGCAAGAGUUUGUAAUUGAACUCUGGAUUGGCUGGUCAGUUGCUCCAAUCAGAAACAUGUUUAAAAGAAAAUAUUGUAAUGAUAGAAAAAACAAGGAUUUUCUGCAGCUACAAAGGAUGCCAGCACUUCACUUUGGUGGAUGUUCUCUGCCUUUACUAUUUACACAUCACAAACCUGUCAUUGCCACAACACGUUUUAAAAUCCACAGAAACAUGGGCCCAUUGUAAUAGUUGGAAAAAAAAAUGCCUUUUUUUAAUGUCUUUCCCGUGCCCUUUAAACUGCAGAUUUCUUUGAGGAUUGUGAGGGGAAAUUCCCCGCCCCUCCUUAAUUAAAGAUUGAGUGGAAUUCUA